GUGAUUUCGACACUCUCACUACACACACACACACACACACACGGGCCUUCACAAUGACAGUAUAGCAGCCUCUGUGCAAACACACUUUCAGCACAAGCAAAAACAUGGCCUUGGAACAACCACACAGGACCUUGGGAAAGGUCACCACGGUAUUUGCAACCAAGCUCAAGUCUUUCCCCUUCGUGCCAUUUCUGAAAAGGCUGCCUGCUGAGAACAGGGUCUGGAGGAAAGUAUUUCAGACAAACAGAGCAAAGUCUUCAGGAGAGCCAGGGGACUGUGAGAAGAGCAUGGCAGAAGAAGGAGUCUACAAGGCUGAGGUGGUUUUCGUGCAAGACGCUGAAGAUGGCCAGAUUGGAGAAAUGCGCAAGAACACCACUCAAAACGAGAUUCAGUCCACAGACAAUUUAACGCUUAAACCACCCACCACCCUCACUGGUUCUCCUACAGAAUUUACUGCCGUAUCCCCCGAGCCUGGCCCUGCUGUCAUAGAAACCACUGAUAACAAACAACCCAGCGUUUCCCAGCUUGGAUUUCACAACAUAUCAGAGGCUGCCGAGGUCAGCUCAGGUCCGUUUUUAAAUAGCUCAUCCCAAAGACAAGAGGCCCUCAGUCCUGCCAGCUCUGUGGAUUUUUUCAAUUCUCCAAUGUCUUCAAAAGAGUCUAUACUCUCCGAGGGAUGGGACAAAGAAAGAAGCUGGUCAGGCUUUUACAUGUUCUCACGGGAUGGAUCUCGCACAGUUUCCCCAUGUUCCUCUAUAAGAUCAGGAACAUUCACACCUUCUGUGGUGAGAAUCAAACGGCACUCUUUGGCUCCGGGGUCUAGUUUGCUACACAUGCCGUCCACUUGCGGGACACCAUGCUGUGAUAGUCGGGCAACCUCACCGUGUCCCCUUUCACCUCGUGGCCGACACAGACUCCCUCCAACCCAGCUCUCCCUGUUAACAGCUAUUCUCAGAAAAGGUCGUCUACCUGUUCUAUCCUCUUCUUCUCAAAGACCUUACACUCCCUGCUGGCCUAUCAGUCCGGUUAACGUGUCCUCAUGUUUAGCAUGCUCAGCUGCCUCUUCUGUUGCACCCAUGAACGUGCCCAAAGCAAAGUCUUGCACUGCCAUUGAUCGAUCAGGUGGGGAGUCUUGCCAUUAUUCAGAACUUCAGAAGCAAGACCAAAGUUCUCUUUUAGUCUCAUCAAAGGUUAAGACAGCUGAGGAAACCAUACCAACAAAGCCAUCAGAAAGAUUUGACUCAUGCCAACCUUUCCCUAGUAGUAGCAGGGUAGAGUUACACACACAUUACACCCCAUCCUCAAGCUUACCUCCAGUCCAAACUGCCCAUUCUCACUUGUCCAAAUUAAGUCAUAGGGUAAAUCGUUUGCCGGUAGUUCCGAGCUCUCUUUUGUGUGGCUCCCAUAUGAGCCGCUUGUCUCCUAAAUCAAGCUCUCUGCUUUACUACGGCACUGAAAACCAGACAAAUCAAUCAGGGUCAAGGGAUUGUCCUGCAUCUGUGGAUACAAACAAGUCGGUUGAAUCUUUAGCAUCUGUAAGGCACGUUGAAAGAAAAACCAGAUCAGACAAUUAUUCAAUAGAGCUAAACCAGAGUCAGAAAUCAUCAAACGAGCCCUAUUCGAAACGUAAAGUAAGUUCAGCUGACUAUUCAGCACCAUAUUCAGCUCCUAAUUCAUGCAAGUCUCCUUCCUUUCAUCACAUAUUUGAAUCCCACAGUGAUUCUGAGAACCAGAAAAAUCAAUUAGCAUCAAGGGAAUCCCCUGCAAUUGUGGAUACAAACAAGUUUCCUGAAUCUUUAUCAUUGGUAACAGAUGUUGAAACAAACCCCCAUGACAGGUCAGAUAUCAAAUAUUCAGUACAGCUAAAACCGAAAUCAUCCAAUGAGGCUUAUUCGAAUCUUAAAGAAAGGUCAGCUGACAAUUUAACUCCAGAUCCAACUCGGAAUUCAUGUAAAUCUCCCCACAGUGAUUCUGAGAAUCAGAUUGAUCAGUUUGCAUCAAGGGGAUCAAGCAAGUUGCCGGAAUCUUUAGGAUCUCUAACCCAUGCUGAAUCAAAACCCAGAUCAGACUUAUAUUCAAUAGAGCUUAAAAAAAGCCAGAAACCAACCAAUGAGCCCUAUUUGGAACUUCAAGAAACGUCAGCUGACCACCUUGCACCAAAUUCAGCUCAGAAUUCAUGUAAAUCUCCUUCGUUUUAUCAUUCACUUGAAUCCCACAGUGAUUCUGAGAAGCAGAAAAAUCAAUUAGCAUCAAGGAAACAGCCUGCAAUCGUGGAUACUGAUAAGGUACCUGAAUCUUUAGCAUCUGUAAUGCAUGCUGAAACAAAACCCAGGCCUGAUGAAUAUUCAGUAGAGCUAAAACAGAUCCAGAAAUCAUCCUAUUCGAAACAUAAUGAAAGCUCAUCUGACAACCCAGCACCAAGUCCACCUCGGAAUUCAUGUAAAUCUCCCUCAACUUUCGAAUCACACAGCAAUUCCCCAGAUUUAACUAUCAAAGGCAACAAAAUCAAAAAUGAUUUGGAAAGAGUGCUCUUGUCAUCCCCUGCUUUAAGACUGUCUCCCUCUCCCAAACCUACGGGUUUCUCCCACCUGCCCCACACACCUCCAGUAUCUCCAGCCUUUCCCCAAGUUCAUCCAAAAUCCCGGUCCUCCACCCCAGAUUGUGGCACACUGUCCCCCUCGCCAGGCCGUCAGCUCUCCCCCUCACCCUCAUACUCCUGCUCAUCACCCUCUCCAUCUCUGUGGGGCAGCUCACAAGACUGCGCAGAUGGGGAUUGUAAAAAUAGAAAGACAUACAAGAUCAAAUCCACCUACAAGGCACUUGCCGCUAUUCCUACCAAUACGCUGCUUCUGGAACAGCAGGCUAUAGAUGAAGAGGUCAGCAAGAAAGAAGCUUUGCUCAACCCUGCAGACAACUAUUCCUGGGAAGACCCACAUGCUGAGAUGUGUUCUCCUGCGCAGCUGCGUCAACAGACCGCAGAGCUCUACGCCACCAUUGAUGAAGUCCUGGAGGACACAAUACAGACACGUCAAUCAAACCAUGUGAACAAUGCCAUGCUGAAGUCUUUGGCAGCCGAGGCGUUAAGGCAGCAGACGUCAUCACCAUCUCCAAAAUUAUUGGGACGAGAAACAAGAUAUGCCAGCUCUCCAUUUCAACCCUCUGUAACUACUGAAAAAACUAUGACAAAACCUGGAGUUAUUAGACCAGUCAUUAUAACGUCCAGAUUUACAGAAGAUCAAGACGAAGAGUUCCAUCCAAAUCCAUUCAAGAUCCUUCACGGGAACAAAUCUAAUCGCUAUCAAUACAAGUUUGUCAGCGGAGGUCUCUGCGCUGAAGCUCCGGCAGAUGCUCCAGCAGAUUCAGACCCACAGCCUUCAGAAAGACAAGAAGACUACAAGAGCCGGCUGGCGUCCACUCAAGAUGUUCCCUCAGCAGUCAGCACUCACGAGACACACACAUGAAGACCACUAUAAAGUUUGAUCUCAACUGUAACCGUGGCGCACACAUCCAGCUGGCUCUUAGCACUUGAAAACAUUUAUUCUGUAAUUAAAAAGUGAAUUUGAUCUGA